UGGCGUCACAUUUCGCUGCGAGUCGUCGCGCUUAACGGUUGUGGUCGUGUUCGAGUUGGCAACAAAUUGAAAGUAAAAAUCAUUUUAAGGAGCGCGCGAAAUCCGUUUACCUCGGCAGCAGAAGUAAAAGGGAUUGAGUUCAGACAUAUUGAAAUACAGGCAAAAGAAGUGGCACAGAGUUGUAAAUAACGGUUAUAACGGUUGCGCAACAUAGUACAAUUUUCUUCUUUUUUGUUUUUUGACCAAGUGACGAACUGCAGUAGCGGUGGUAUUUACAAAAUAAAAACAAAUAAAUCAGUAAAAAAAAUGUCACUCCGUUACGAUAUUUGGAAAAUCCAAUACAGUUUGUGCAUUUUUGGUGCGAUUUGCCUAUCACAGGCGGCCGCAAUCUAUACCCGCGAAAUAAUCAAUAAUGCACCGCAGCUGCAAGUGCGACCGUCAUGGCUGCAGACAUGUAAGCGCGCCAAUCCCAAUGAGGAUAAAUGUUUUCGUCGAUUAUUUGAAGGAUGUUUCCCCGCCUUUGCGGCCGGCAUACCAGAGAUUGGUGUGAACAGUUUCGAGCCGCUGCACAUAGACCAGGUUUCCGUCUCGAAAGGCAGUGGCAAUCUGGUCUUAUCGGGUGGUUUUCAAAACCUUAUCAUACGUGGGCCCUCAAACGCCACCGUGCGGCGAGCCAAUCUCGACCUUGACAAGAAGUUGUUGAACUUUGAGCUGGACAUACCGUUGCUGCGCAUACGCGCCAAGUACAACUUGAAAGGGAAUAUUCUCUUGCUGCCACUGAUUGGUAACGGUGAUGUGCGGAUGGCAUUGAAGGAUGUGAAAACGGCUGUGUACACCAAAAUACAUCUAAGCAAUGAACCGGAGGAAGUCAUUCGGAUCGAUGAGAUGAAGGUGACUUUCCAUGUGGGUGCCAUGCGUAUUCAUCUAAGUGACCUGUUUAAUGGCAAUGAAAUUUUAGCAGCAUCCAUCAAUAAUUUUCUCAAUCAAAAUGCAAACGAGGUGAUUGCCGAAUUGCGUCCAGAUUUGGAGUUGGGCUUGGCGGAUAUUUUCCAUGGACUAUGGAACAACGUGUUUGCGAAAAUGCCGCUCAAAUUGUGGCUGCUGUGAUGGUUAUGAGUUCAUUUUUUAUAGCAAUUAAAUAUUUGUUGGUAGUUGUAUUUAUUUGCAAAUUAUAGUU